AAUGAUAUCGCUAUAGAAGGAUUUGAUAAUUACUUUGAUUUUAUGCUUAGUAAAAGCGUCACGAUGUCACGCGAUCAUGUGGCACAGAAACAUUCAGCUCUGAUUAAGAUCUCAGGUCUCCCAGUAAUGGGAAAACUGCCUUGUCCGCGAGCGACAACACCUGAAAAGAUAUUUACAAACGUGCAAAUUGAUGCCAUGCCGGAUAAACACUGCUAA